AUGCGUUGUUUCGAAAUCAGAAGAACAGACUCAGAUAUAAUUAGUAUUACAAUGUUUAUUUUUAAUGAAUUAACUUAUUAUUUUGUCCGUGGCUGUCAUACCGCGGAAUUACGACCUUAUCUUGGUCAACUGCGCUCUAAUGGUACUCAUCUAAGCUGGAGCGAUAAAAUAGCGUUGACUCAGCAAGUAGUUGAAGGCCUGAAGUAUCUUCAUGAUCAAAAUAUCAUACACUCAGAGCUGCACCCGAAAAAUAUAGUUGUACAUGAGGGGAUUCCUAAAUUAACUAACGUCUGGUUAUCUCAAAGCAGAAACGACAAUUUUUCUUAUUCGCCUCCUGAAAUUUUGUUGUCUAAUAAUAUUGAAAAUAAAACAACAAAGCUAAAUAUUUAUUCCUUAGGCAUUCUAAUGUGGGAAAUUUCGAGUGAUGGUUUGGAGCCUUUCAAUCAAAAUAAUUCAGUUAAAUUAGCAAUUGAUAUUAUUAAAGGUUUACAAGUUCUCGAUAAGUUGAGGAAUGUAUCACUUUCAGACGUAUAUUAUGAAGAAAAAGUUCAAAAUCCUGCUGCUUCUCGGAGGCCUACACCUAAUCCUAAAGCCGUCGACCUAGAAUCACUGGAGCUGGAUUAUGAAAAGUUACUCGGGCCAAAGAGGUUAGAAGCAGAAUUUGUUAAUCAUUUUGCCUUAAACCGAGCAAGAAAUAUUCAAGGAUUUGAUUAUACUCGCGCAAAAGGAAUUGUUUUGCGUAAUAACGGCAAACCCAUACUUCGAAAAUUGAAUUCGGAUUCACCUAUUGUCUACUUUCCAAAGUCUGAGGAUACAAUUUGGGAUAAUUUAAGAACCACAAGUUUAUUUAAAAGUAUUAACGAGGAGAAAAUGGGUAAUAAAGAUUUACAAAUCCACAUUCCAGUUUUAACA